CUCCAAUCCAACAUGUAUCAGCUGUGUGUGGAGGAUUUAAAUGGUGAGGCUGUCACGUUUUUAUAGGCGCACCUUGUCUCAACAGUGUACUGUAACCCACCAGAUGAGGCAGCAGGUGUGGGAGAGAUCUGACGAGGUGUGUGUGGGCCCGUAGCGUGACACAGAGCGUGAGAUGAGGACCAUUAUUCCUGUGUGUGGAGGCGGUGAUGGAGGGGAGUCCCGCGGCCUCCGCAGCAGGGUGGGCAGGAUGAAGAAGCUGCUUUGGCUCCGGCCGAGUCAAUGCGUGGACGUCCACAUGGACACGGAGCCCGGCGUGUGGCUGACCAGCUUCCAGUCAUUGGACACUGAUGGGAUGUGUGAGGACCCAGUGCAGGAGUGGGGGGAGGAGGAGGAGGAUGGGGCUGUGUUUGGCAUCACUCUGCGCAGGGAGCCCGUCCUGCCGAGCUCGGACACGGCAGAGCUCCCAACAUCCUUCAGCUUUGUCCAGUAUCACACGGUGAAGGUGCGCAGGCUGAAGGCCGCCACACUGGAGCGCCUGGUCACCCACCUGCUGGACACUGAGCACCAGGAGCCCGAUUUCCUCCGUGUCUUCCUUGCCACCUACAGGGCUUUCACCUCCACCAGCACCCUCAUCGAGCUGCUGUUUCAGAGAGAUGACUCAAUCGCCAACCUGGAUAAAACCGUCUGCCCACGCAGCACCUUACCCCCGGUGAUCCAGCUGUGGCUGGAGGAAUACAGUGAAGACUUCCAUGAGCCUCCUCAGUACCAGGCCCUCCGCUUGUUGUGUGUCCAUCUGCGGCAUCGCCUCUGCUUCAGACGCUUGGCUCAGACUGCUGAAACCCUCCUCAAGAAGCUCCAGGAACAAGAUUGCAGCCAGGCUGUGUCAGAGCACAGCAGUGAAUCAUUGCAGCAGGAGCACAAAGAUCAGGUGGAUGGAAGAGACGUGUCCACAAAGGAGGAAGACACAAACAACUUCAUGGACUUCCCUGAGAGAGAAGUAGCGGAGCAGCUGACCCGACUGGACGCUGAGCUGUUUGUCAAAGUGGAGCCCUUCCACUGCCUGGGCUGCGUCUGGUCCCAGCGUGACAAGAAGGAAAACAGACACCUGGCGCCAUCCGUCCGUGCCACCAUCUCCCAGUUCAACGCUGUCACCAACCGUGUCAUCACCUCACUCCUCUGCCCGUUCUCUCCCAGCCCUUCCACUUCCUCUCCCAUCUCAUCACCCAGCUCCCCCUCUACGUUCCUGUACCCUUCCACUGCCCUGAGCUCACCUCGCUGCACGCACACCAACCCUGCACACAGGGCACGCAUCAUCGAGAGGUGGAUCGCUAUUGCUCAGGAGUGCAGACAGUUGAAAAACUUCUCCUCUCUGAGGGCGAUCCUGUCGGCGCUGCAGUCCAACGCUGUGUAUCGCCUCAAGAAGACCUGGGCUGCUGUCAGCAGGGAAAGCAUGGCCUCCUUUAACCACUUGUGUGAGACUUUCCCCGAUGAGAACUGUGUGCUGACCAGCAGAGAGAUCCUGAUGGAGGACGGGACUCCCCCAGAUGGCAGCGCCACCCCCGGCUCAGUGUCCAAACACAUUAGCAUCAGCAGCGGCAUUGUGCCGUACCUCGGCACUUACCUGACCGUCCUCACCAUGUUGGACACGGCACUGACUGACACUGUGGAGGGUGGACUCAUCAACUUUGAGAAGCGUAGACGAGAGUUUGAGAUUCUCUCUCAGAUUCGGCAGCUUCAGGCUUCCUGCUCCCACUACAGCCUCCCAGUAAACCCUCAUAUCACCACCUGGCUGCAGGCACACACACUGCUCACAGACCAGGAGAGCUAUGAGCUGUCUCGUGAGCUGGAGCCUCCAGUUGACCCCUGUCCCAGUUCUCCCAACUCAUGGAGCAGUCGUCUGCUCACCAAGAAACUUGCCUCGUUGCGAACAGCCAGUGAAAGCUCCCUGAGGAAGACACAUGCCGACCAGAUCAGUGUUUCGUCUUCUGGCUCCAGCAGCUCAGAGAUGGAAGAGCUCUCUGCCCCUCAGCAUUCCCCCCAUAGACUCAAACUCAAGUCUCUCUCAGGCUCUCUCCACAAUGUUGCCCAGGAUUUCUCCUCCAGCUCUAUGUCCUCCUCCUCUCCCAGUCUGUCCACCUCCUCCUCACACCCAGACCUGAGCUCUCCUUCUCUGGUUAUGAGUCCCGAGCAGUCAUCGUCCAGCUGCUCUCCUCAGGCUGUGCUGCCUGUGUACAACAAACAGGUUGCUGACUCAUGUAUCAUCAGGGUCAGCGUGGAGUCUGUCAGCAAUGGAAACGUCUACAAGAGCAUACUGCUGACCAGUCAGGACCACACACCUCAGGUGAUUCAGAGAGCUCUGGAGAAACACAACAUGGAGGACAUCAGCUGCCACAACUUUAACCUCUGCCAGAUGCUCAACAAUGGAAAAGAGCUCCAGAUCCCCAACAAAGCAAACGUGUUUUAUGCCAUGUGCACCUCCUCCAACUAUGACUUUGUGCUGCGUCAGCGCUGGAGGAGCCACAGGAGACAUCUGGGCUCCCCUUCCAGUCCUGGAGUCCAACCUAAGAACUGCCACGCCAAGUGAAAAGCAUCUGUCCGGGCUGACCGUUAGGAGUCCAUGUUAAAGAUGGAGGAGCUGCUCAUCUGCAAACAACAGCCCAACAACACUUCUGUGGCUGUUGAGGUUGUGACUGUGCUGCAGAUAUGAGUGACUGAAUAGAGACUCUGGAGCAACUGAACUUCGACUGAAAAAUAAUCUUGAGGAGUUCUCAUUAAGACGGGAGCAACACGGCAAUGUGUUUUACUUAUUCUGUUUAAAGAGUGAUACAAGAAGAGAGAAAUGUUCAAGCACACUGAAGAGAGACUCAAAGAAGAAACUGACCAAGACAUUAGGAUUUUGUUUGUUCAUCUUAAACAUCAGCAUCUUUGGAUAAUGGACCACAAUUCAUAUGGGACCUUUUUGCUAAGAUAUACACUUAUAUUAUUGUGAACAAAUGCACAUUACACCAUGGAUUAUAAAGUGGACACUGCUUCAGGUUUCACUGCAGCUGAACACAAACAUCAGGAUCAGCUGGUCUGAGAAAACGGUCAUGUGUCGUGAUUCUACAGGAGACAACAUAGCAGCAGAAAUAAGCUGACAGACCCGGCUGCAGUUUCUUGUCUGGGACUUGUACAGCAGACGUGGGACGUGCGGCUGAAUGAGUAACUGACUCUUUUAACUGCGUAAACAAGAGUGACUAAGUUGGGAUGCUUACUGUAAGAUGAUGAGUAAGCAUCUCGGUCAUGCGCUAAGGACAAUGGAAGAACAACUAGACUCCCUCUGACAUGGUGUUUGAAACACAGUUUGGAGAGUCAGUAAUAAGUAUUCAGUCGACUUCUAGUUGAGGAUUUAAAUGUUUUAUUGUAACUUAAUAUAAUUUUAUCAACUUAAAUUAUUUAAUGCAUUUCAGUAUUCAGCUUUUAGAGCAAAAGUGGCAUGAGGAAGAUGUGUUUGUUUUGUUUGUUCCCUCUUCAAUUUUCAGUGCUAAACUGUUUUCAGACAUAAGUGUACUUAAAGGAAUACUUCACCGCCAAAAUGAUCAUUUGUGUGACAGUAAUUCACCCUGUGUGAUGCUGAAGUUGUGAAGAAAACCAUGUUUUACUCACAUGGCUUUACGGUGAAUGGAGAAUCCAAAAAAGGUCAAAGUAAAUGGGUGCCGCAUUUAACAGUAUCAAAACAUCUGUUUACAAACUCCUACGCAACUCGUGCUGUAUAAUCCAAGCCUCAUUUAUCUAGACGUUUGUUCAGUACUUCCCAGACACAUACUUUUUGGUAAAAUCUUACUAUUUAAAACUGCUCCAGCACACUAUUCGUAAGAGGAGGUGUUUUAUAUUGUAACAUUUUAGCAAAAAAGCAUGUGCAUGGGAAGAACUGAGCAUUCAGCUGGAUAAAUGAGACUGGGAUAAUACUGCAUGAGUUGUGUGGGUGUAUGUUAAUAGAUGUUUUGUUGUGAAAUGUGGACCCUGAUUACUUUAAUUCAUGAAAAAUAUUCGCCUUUUCUGGAUCCUCUGUUCACCGUGACGGCAUGUGGAAAGAAAAACAUUUUCAAGAUGACACACAGUGAGAGAUACAAAUGGUCGUUUUCCAGGCGAAGUAUUCCUUCAGUUCUUUGGUAUCUCAUAAGCUCAAAAGCUGACUUUUUACGGUCUGCUGUAAUUUAACAGACGUUACAUGUUGAGCAUGAUGUGCACACACUCAGUGGUCUGACCUGGACUGUGGCAUUUAUGCUCAAAGAGGAGUUGAAUAUCUGACAUAGAAAUAUCUCUGGUAUGUUUUCCUCAGUGAAGAUAAAGGCUGUAAUUCAGGGCGAUAAAAGAACAGUAGGCAUCUACGACAAGUGGCAUGUGAGGCUGUGAAUGAAUCUGAAGAACGGUUCCUGUAAGUGACAAUGAAGUGUCUCAGUACGUGAUUUUAUUUUGACAUGUGUAAGAUCGUCUCAGUGUUGCGAAAUCCUCCCCAAAACUCUUAAGGCAGCUUUUAAAACUGGUUUAAAGGUGAAGUCAAAUUUUAGUUCACGUUCAUGUUUAAAAUGAACAAAAAGAAAAAACACUGGUGAAGUGUCUCCUCGGUUUUGGGCAUGAUUUUGCAUCUCUGAGUGCAGCUGUAAUGCUGCGGUGCUUUGUAAUAGGUCAGGUAAAAGGUUGGUAACAAAGGUCUGGCAGCUGCAAUACUAAAUAUGAAGGAGGACUUCAACUGUGUCUGUCUAUAUGUCCUGUCUGUCUGAAUAAUCAGGAGGCUUUUGUGUUGUUUCCGUCCUCCUUUAUGUUUGAAAUGGAAGUGAAGUCAUCAACGUUACUGUAUGUCUUUGUUCUAAUAUUUUAUUUCAAUAGAUUCUUUAUUUUUAGAGUUUAAUCUAAGCACUUUCUGUAUGAUUAGUAUUAAGUGUCCAUUAAUAAAGCUAAUUUCUAUUUAUC